AUGGCCUCCCCGCUAGAGUAUUAUGUUAAUUUUGUCCGUACACAGAGCAGUACAGGUAAUUUUCGCGAACUGGUGGUAUAUUUAAUCGAUUCGGUCGAGCUUGUGACGAAGAACGGUAACAUCCUGGACAAUGUAAUGGAAACGUUAGAUAUUCAGCAGCACUCGUUGGGUUACCUGUUCGUGUUAUCGGCGAAGUUUAACGAUUCGAGUAACGUCGACGAUACAGAUAACGUUCUGCGGAGUGUGCGGGAAUUCAUCACCUCCUGCGAUGCCGAACAAGUUCGAUUUGCACCACAAGUUUAUUACGAACUCUGCCAUCAUCUGACGACGGCGCUGGUAAAAAACAAACAACACAUCAUCCAGGGUAUACACGUGCUCGUGCUUGCGCUGGAGAAGAUACGUCUAUUCAACAACCAGCUAACACCCAUCCAUGCCGACCUAUGUCAGCUGUGCCUGUGUGCGAAGGUGUUCAAUCCGGCGAUACGCUUGCUGGAUUACGACAUCGCCGCGAUCGCCACCACCGAUGACAACUACGCGGACACGAAGUACUUCCUGCUGUACUAUUACUAUGGCGGCAUGAUCUACACGGCGGUGAAGAAUUACGAGCGGGCGCUGUACUUUUUCGAGGUGGCCGUCUCGACUCCUGCCCUUGCGAUGUCGCACAUUAUGCUCGAAUCGUACAAGAAGUACAUCCUGGUGUCGCUCAUCCUGCACGGCAAGGUGCUACCAAUACCGAAGUACUCGUCACAGGUGAUUACCAGGUUUAUGAAGCCGCUCAGCCACGCGUACCACGAUCUGUCCAGCGCAUACAACACCUCGUCACCGGACGAGGUACGAAACGUGGUGAACAAGUUCCGCGACACGUUCCAGCGUGACACGAACAUGGGUUUGGUGAAGCAGGUCGUCUCAUCGCUGUAUAAGAAGAACAUCCAGCGAUUGACGAAAACGUUCCUCACGCUUUCGCUGGCCGAUGUGGCUAGUCGUGUGCAGCUGAGUGGGCCGGCCGAAGCGGAGAAAUAUAUUCUCAAUAUGAUCAAAUCUGGUGAGAUAUUUGCCACCAUCAAUCAAAAGGAUGGUAUGGUCGUGUUCAAGGAUGAUCCACAGGAGUACAACGACCAGGAAGUGUUCGAAAUGGUGCAGCAUCAAAUAGGCUUAGUUAUGGGGCUGAACAAGCAAAUUCUUAAGAUGGACGAAGAGAUAAUGCUCAACCCAGUGUUUGUUAAAAAAUCGUUUGGCAACCAAGAAGAUGAUGGAAUCGGUUGCAAUUCGAAGGUUUAUAGUAGUGAUCCAACGGAAUAAAUUGUUGAUUAUGUAAAAAAGAAA